UUUCAAUACAAUUUUCUAAUAAAUUCGAUUGAUCGAAAACCUGCAGACUCUGUUCCAUGACUCCAAAUCAUAGUACAACUUACUUUGUGAGUUGCACAUGUCCCAACCCUACACAACCUUGACCACUGCUCCAGCCCAUUCGAAUCGCACAACCCUGGAACACACAAAGCAAAACACUAGUACUCGAUAGUCCAAUGCUUCUAGGCUCAUAUUUAGCUCAAGAUGAUAGCACACCUGCGACACAGCUCUCCACCCUGGGCCCCCCACCUGAACCGAUGCUGCGGACCAUCUGAAUGUGGCAGCCUCAGGCCCCCGCCGGGGUAACUCAGGCAGGAAUUACCCCGCCACGCUGCCGACCGAACACCACCUUACGUCAACCACCACUACCACCAACUGACCAACUAAACCACAAGUGUCACUUUCCUUCACAGUCCACGCAACGCGCACAAUUCACAUUGGAGCUACACGCACAAUGACCACUUCAUCUCCCAAGCAGACGGUCGUCUGCGUCUUCUGCGGCUCCCAACCCGGCAACUCGCCCGCCCACCUCGAAGCCGCCCGCUCGCUAGCCCAACAAUUCCACGCCCACAACGUCCAGCUCGUCUACGGCGGCGGUACCGUGGGCAUCAUGGGGGAACUAUCGCGGACCCUCGUGGCCUUGUCGGGCCCGAAAGCCGUGCACGGGAUCAUCCCGCGCGCGCUGGUGGAGGUGGAAGAGGGCUACAAGACGCCUGCGACGCCGGCCUCCUCGUCUAAUCAGACGCCCGACCCAGCUGCCGGCAAAGCGCCCGAGCGGACGAGCGCCGGCGGCGACUCGAUUGAGGAAACUGAGUACGGCACGGUGACGAUCGUGCCGGACAUGCAUACGCGCAAGCGACUGAUGGCGCAGAAGGUGCUGGAGGGCGGGCCCGGGAGCGGGUUCGUGGCGCUGGCGGGCGGGUUCGGGACGAUGGAGGAGCUGAUGGAGGUGACGACGUGGAAUCAGCUGGGGAUCCACAAGGCGGGGGUGGUGUUGCUGAAUAUCAACGGGUACUGGGACGGGGUGCUGCAGUGGGUGCAGACGGCGGUGCAGCAGGGGUUUGUGAGCGCGGAGAAUGCGAAGAUCCUGGCCGAGGCGAGGAAAACGGAGGAUGUGUUGCGGAUGUUGCGCGAGUAUCGGAUUAGCAAUGAUCGGAUGGCAUUGGAUUGGGGGCAGGAGUGAGUUGCUGAGUUGCUAGUUGCUGAGUUGCUGAAGUUGCUGGAGUUGCAUUAUAGAGGUAUAUCAAUAUUGGUGAUUACAUGAGGUGAUUAUAUUAGGCGAUAAUGGAAUAUACUGACUGGGUCUGG